AUGUUUCACAGCGGUGCCAUGGAGAAGCUGCUCUCCUUGGAGCCGGCACAAUCCAAGCAGUUGGCCAACGAGGAGCUCGCCAACGAGAACGGGGUGGUCCUCGGCUUCCGUGUGAAGGGCAGGGUGACGAAGCUGUGCAAGUUGCCCAAGGACAACAAGGCGAUGGACAUCAACCUGGACUGGUUGAACCUGGUGCUGAGAUCAGCUUUGUCCUGCACCGCGGUGCAAUCCAAACAGUUGGCCAACGAGGAGCUCGCCAACGAGAACGGUGAGGACCUCGGCUUCCGUGUGAAGGGCAGGGUGACGAAGCUGUGGCAGUUGCCCAAGGACAACAAGGAGGACAUCAACCUGGACUGGUUGAACCUGGUGCUGAGCUCAGCUUUGUCCUGCACAUGUCCCCCAAAGAGUCCACGCCGCCAGUGCCCAAGGACCCAGAACCGCUUUGAGAACGUCCUCGGCCAGCAGUAA